AUGCAAAAGGAAGUGGUAAAGCCGUCUCGGGGCCCUCAAUCUCAGUUCCAAAAAGGUCAUCAAGUUCCCAUUGAACAUCACGAAAAGCCCGGCCUACAGGCUGAGAUGGAAGACCCUAAGCCCACAUCAAGCAAAAUUCCAACUGAGGACAGUGGGUAUCAGACCUAUAAAGCGGCGGGAAAGCUUCAGGGGAAAAAGGCCAUCAUCACUGGUGGCGAUUCCGGAAUCGGCCGCGCAAUUGCUAUUCUAUUCGCCAUGGAAGGAGCGUCUAGUCUAAUUACCUAUCUGCCUCAGGAGGAAAAAGAUGCGCAAGAGACCAAAAGGCGGGUGGAGGAAAUCGGACAAAGCUGUCAUUGCUUCGCUACCGACCUUAGGGAUAAAAAGAAUUGCCAAGCCGUGGUUGACACUGCCCUCAAGAGCUUAGGUGGUAUUGAUAUCCUAAUCAAUAAUGCCGGGACCCAAACGAUGAUCGACGAUAUCAAGAAUCUAGAAGAGUCUCAAUGGGAAAGCACGUUCGACACCAACAUCCACCCUAUCUUUUAUCUCUCAAAAUACUCGAUCCCUCACCUGAAGAGCGGCUCUACCAUUAUUAACUGUGCAUCUGUUAACCACUAUAUUGGGCGCCCUGAUCUGCUCGACUACACGUCAACGAAGGGGGCAAUUGUCGCUUUCACAAGGGGUUUGUCCAACCAGCAAGUCAAAAAUGGAAUUCGAGUGAAUUGUGUGUGUCCUGGGCCAGUUUGGACACCUCUCAUUCCGGCAACUAUGACUACUGCCGCCAAGGAGCAGUUCAGCGACAUACCGAUGGGUCGACCAGGGCAGCCCAGCGAGGUUGCAACAUGUUUUGUUUUCCUUGCGAGCCAGGAUAGUAGUUUCAUCUCUGGGCAAAGCUUGCAUCCUAAUGGCGGCGUGGUCGUCAACGGAUGA